AUGGCUCCCCUAGCCGAGGUCGGGGGCUUCCUGGGCGGCCUGGAGGGCCUGGGCCAGCAGGUGGGCUCGCACUUCCUGCUGCCCCCCGCCGGGGAGCGGCCGCCCCUGCUGGGCGAGCGGCGGGGCGCGGCGGAGCGCGGGGGGCCCGGGGCGGCCGAGCUGGCGCACCUGCACGGCUUCCUGCGCCGCCGCCAGCUCUACUGCCGCACCGGCUUCCACCUGCAGAUCCUGCCCGACGGCAGCGUGCAGGGCACCCGGCAGGACCACAGCCUCUUCGGUAUCCUGGAAUUCAUCAGUGUGGCAGUGGGUCUGGUCAGUAUUAGAGGUGUGGACAGCGGUCUUUACCUUGGAAUGAACGAUAAAGGAGAACUCUAUGGAUCAGAGAAACUGACUUCUGAAUGCAUCUUUAGGGAACAAUUUGAAGAGAACUGGUAUAAUACCUAUUCAUCCAACAUAUAUAAACAUGGAGACACUGGCCGCAAGUACUUUGUGGCACUUAACAAAGAUGGAACUCCAAGAGAUGGUUCCAGGUCCAAAAGACAUCAGAAAUUUACACAUUUCCUUCCUAGACCAGUGGAUCCAGAAAGAGUCCCUGAAUUGUACAAGGACCUACUGAUAUACAGUUGAGAUGUGAUCAUGUCUUUACCGGAACACCAAAGCACAACCACUCUUUCUUAUCACAAUUUCCGUGGAAAUCAUAACAACCCAGGAAGACAUUCAGAAUGUUAUGGAGUCUAUUUUCUACUGGGAGAUGGAAUUUGGAAAGAAUACUGACUAAAAACUGCAACAG